AUGUCGCGCGACUUCUCGCGUCGCGCACCGCGCGAGCGCGACGGCCGUCGUCGUCGUCUCGUCGCGUUCGCCGUCGCGGCGGUUGGAUUAAUCUGCGGCGUCGUCCCGGUCGCCGCCAAGCUCGCGCAAGGCACGGUGGUGCUCAACAGCGAGGUGACGGAGAAAGUGCUCACGAAAUUUAGCGUAUCCAAAGUCGGCGGGUCGCUGAAAUUGAAGCUGACCACGGCGAAGACGGGUUGGGAACGCGGCGCGCAUCAGCUCGAACUUUUGGUGUUGAACGACGAAGAAUACUUCAAAUGGCGAGCGAUGAUGAAGAAAGGGUCUCUGUGUCGCGAUCGGAACGCCCUGGCGUCGCGAAGGCACCAGGUCGCGCUGCCGCAUCCCGGGGCGACGCAUCAAGCGUUGGGGUACGAAUUUUUCAUCGACCCGGAGAGCGGCGAUAGCUAUCGUUUGGAUUUGUCUACUGGGAACACGACGUGGAUGCACCCGAACGCGCAUCACGAGAAGGCGUCCGCGAUCGUGCAUCGAGAGACGUCGUUAUCGGUGGAGCUGAAGGAGACGAAAACGACCAAUUCGCGGGCGAAAGUGGUGGAAUACGGCGUGGCGAGUAAUUGGUUCGUCGUGUUGAGCGACUGCGCGUUGGAGUUUUACCAAGCCAAGCCCCCGGCGUUGCAUUACGAGUUGGAAUUGAAGAGCAAUAACAAACACUUACCGGAAGAACUCAGAGGGCUCGGGGUGAUUUACGCGAUCGCGUGGCUCGGUAUGGCGGGCGCGCUGGCGGUGUUUUCAAUUUUAGCGUUCAAAGAAUACUCGAAAGCAAAGAGCGUGCACGCGCUCGUACUCGUCGUCAUGCUCGCGCACGCGUGUCAGCUGACGUCGCUUGGGUUGGAAUUCAUGCACAUCACCGUGUUCGCGAUGAACGGGAAAGGUUUACGUUGGCGAUACACGUGGUUUGCCGCGGAUUUCGCGGCGGAAAUGUUGCAAGGCGCAAGCGAGUUUAUCGUCGAGUUCGUGUUAUUGUUCCUCGUGUGCGGCUGGACCACGCUUUCGAUGACGGUGAGUGGACUCGGGGGGAGCCUGUUCGCGUCGCUCGAGUCAGGUGCAGGCGGUAACGGCGCGCGACCGCAUCCGCCGUCCGGCGCCGAUGGUAGACAAUCGACUCGAGCGAUGCUGACGAGCGUGCUGAAAUCCUUCUUCAAGGUAAACUCUGACGAUCCAGCGGUGAAAUAUCGGGUUGAUCUCGUCGCUGGUGCGUUACGUUCGCCCGUGAACAUGCUCAAACGCGGCGCGGAGACUACGAUUGGCGUCGUCAUCUUAGUCUUCUUUGCCUUGGUGCACUUGACGCUCGAAUUGAUGUCGCGCAAGUAUCACGAGGAUUUCGAGGCAUUUCACGAUCACGAUCACUGGCCCGGGUACGCGUUGGUGUUCAUGCGCGUCGCGUUCGCCGUGUUGUUCAUCGUCGCCGGCGGAUCGACGUACGCGACGGCGAAAUCGCAAGAUCAAGCUCUGGCGCAGUUUAUUAGAAACUUGCUCGUCAUCGGCGCCGCGUGGUUGCUCGCGUUUCCAUUCGUGAUUUUCACCGCGCAAGGGGUUCCGUUGAUUUGGCGCGAGCGAUACGUCGCCGGAGGUUGUGCGUUUCUGCAAUGCACCGCGCUCGCGGCGCUCGGCAUCUUGGUUCUCGUGGACGGAUCGUUUAAAAAGCUCAGCUCCGUCGCCGGAGGCGGCGUCGACGUCGCGGCUCGCGCCAAGCUCGGUCGUCGCGGAUUUAGGGCGAAAGUGGCGAUCGAUUAG